UCUUAGACUCUAUUAAUGCAGAUCACCAUCAAAUCAUAUGGGGUUACUCUACAAAAGUUUAAGCUUUUACCAAGUGAAUUCACACUCAAAUAUAUCAAGCAAUAUCCUCCCAUGAUCUAUGCAAUACCUCCACCCAAGACGACCUCCAUGACUCCAACCAUGAAAGACAUACCACACUGCUUCGCAUCUGCAUGUGCCUUCUGGCCAUCGUCUUUAACGUUUCUAAUUCUUGUGCUCUCAUGUCCUCCCAUAUCCACCUUGAAUUCAAGCAACGAGAACAUCGAUCGCCUCGCGCUCCUGUCCUUCAAGUCCCUCGUGUCCGAUCCAAUCCGAGCAUUGGCCUCCUGGAACGAUGAAUCCCUCCAUUUCUGCCGGUGGCGAGGUGUGACAUGCCGCAACCAGAGUCAUCUGCCGAGGGUCACAGCUUUGGAACUGGAGUCUCUCGAUUUGGCCAGUAAGAUCUCUCCAUCUCUAGCCAACCUCACCUUCCUCCGGAGGCUCCACCUCGCCGACAACCGACUUCACGGUCCCAUCCCGCAGGAGCUCGGCCUGCUUUCCCAUCUUCAACGUCUAAACCUGAGCUCCAACGCUCUAAGAGGAGCCAUCCCACACAACCUUGGCCGCUGCUCAGAACUACAAUAUAUGGAUUUGUCAAACAAUCUCCUCGAAGGAGAGAUUCCCAAUGAUCUCGGUGCCUUGUCAAAGCUGAAAAUUCUCUACCUCGGGGGCAACCAUCUUACAGGAAGCAUUCCUACGGAUAUAGGGAAUCUCGUCAGUCUAAGAGAACUUUAUUUGCAUGAAAACCAACUCAUCGGUUCUAUCCCAUCUGAGAUCGGAAACAUGACAAGUUUGACGACUCUUUCUUUGGCUAUCAACCAGCUUUCAGGAUCUGUUCCUCUAGAGAUCGGGAAGCUUGUCAGGCUUGAAGAACUUUUCUUGGAUGUUAACCAACUCACUGGCACUGUUCCUACUUCAAUAGGGAACCUCACUUCUCUUGUUUUACUUGCACUCUCACAGAAUCAACUUACAGGCGUCAUCCCACACAAUCUUAGCCAUUGCUCCGAACUACAAUACAUUUACCUGGGAAAUAAUACACUUGAAGGAGAGAUUCCUAGUGAUAUCGGUUCUUUGUCAAAUCUGAAGCUUCUCGCACUCGGGGUCAACCACCUCAGAGGAAGCAUACCUCCAGAAAUUGGGAACCUUGCGAAUUUGAUUACUCUCGAUUUGUCAAGCAACAACCUCGAACAUUCUAUUCCUCCGGAGAUCGGGAAUCUCGUCAGUCUAAGAAAACUUAUUUUGCAUGAAAACCAACUCACGGGCAAAAUCCCAUUGGAGAUUGGAAACCUUUCGAAUCUGACUAUUCUUGACUUGCCUCGGAAUAAGCUUUCGGGAUCUGUUCCUUCAGAGAUUGGGAACCUUGUCAGACUCGUACAACUUUACUUGGAUAGCAACCAAAUCACCGGCGUCAUUCCUGCCUCGAUAGGGAACUUGACGUCUCUUAUUUUGCUUGAUCUCUCGUAUAAUCAACUUGUAGGAGACAUCCCACCCGACCUUAGUCACUGUUCAGAACUACAAUAUGUUUAUUUGGGAAAUAAUACACUUGAAGGAAAGAUUCCGAGCGAUAUUAGUUCCUUGACAAAGUUGAAAUUUCUCUACUUAGCGUACAACCGUCUCACAGGAAGCAUUCCUCCAGAAAUUGGAAACCUUGGGAAUUUGUCUGUUCUUAGUUUGUUUAGCAACCGUCUCACAGGAAGCAUUCCUUCAGAAAUUGGAAGCCUUGUGAAUUUGAAUGAUCUCAGUUUGUAUAGCAACAAACUUGAAGGCCCUGUUCCACGGGGGAUCGGGAAUCUUGUCAGACUAAGUAUACUUCUUUUGCAUGAUAACCAACUCACUGGAAUUAUACCAUCUGAGAUUGGAAACCUCGUGAAUCUAACUUUUCUCGAUUUACUGUCCAAUGGCUUUGUGGGCCCAGUUCCUGCAGCGAUCGGAAACCUCACUUCCCUCACUUAUCUUGGACUGUCAUUCAACAAUCUUGGAGGGGUCAUCCCACCCUCCAUUUGGAACCUCUCCUCUCUCAGAACCUUAGAGCUCCAGAGCAACCACUUUACCGGGUCUAUUCCGCGGGAUAUGGGAAUCACACUUCCCCUUCUUGAAGCACUACACAUCAACGACAACCAGUUUUACGGGCCUCUUCCAAUUUCACUGUCCAAUGCUACCAACCUCAUCGAAAUUCAACUAUAUAAGAACAGAUUCACAGGCACCAUACCCAGAGGUUUGGGAUCCUUACAGAAGGUAUAUCACUUUGAUCUUUGUUAUAAUCAGCUAGAAGCAAGGAAUGCUGUCGAAUGGGGCUUCCUGGAUGAUUUAGCCAACUGUAGCAGCCUGAAAUAUUUGCAAAUAACAAGCAACAAGCUCGGAGGCUUCCUGCCACGAUCGAUCGUCAAUUUUUCUACAACCCUGGAAUGGUUUGAAAUCGACGACAACCACAUAGCCGGAAGCAUUCCGGCAGAGAUCGGCAACCUGGUUUCUUUGACCUUGGUUCGGAUGAACUCGAACCUUUUCACUGGUAAAAUCCCUGCAACAGUGGGAAACCUUUCGAAUUUACAUAUAAUGGACUUGAGUAGGAACUACUUCACAGGAGAAAUCCCAGCAACCCUUGGCCAUCUAACUCAGCUAUUCGAACUCCGCCUGCAUUCGAAUCAACUGCAAGGAUCCUUACCUCCGAGCCUUGGAAACUGCCCUCUGAAUCUCUUGGAUCUUUCAGUCAACAAGUUAAAUGGCACAGUGCCGAAAGAAAUUAUGGCCAUCCCCACCCUCACCAGGUUACUUAAUGUAUCUUACAAUUCAUUGGAAGGAUCUCUGCCAUUUGAAGUUGGAAAACUAAAAAAUAUUGGUGAAUUCGACAUCUCUGGCAACAGACUAUCAGGUACAAUUCCAAGAACCCUUGGUGACUGUCAACAACUCGACAGUCUUGACAUGGCAGGGAAUUCAUUCCAGGGAUCAAUCCCUUCGUCAUUUAGCCAGCUGAAGGGGCUCCAAUCGCUGGAUCUUUCAAGAAACAACUUGUCCGGGCUCAUACCAGAAUUUCUUGGGAAUUUUAAGUUCUUGAGCUAUCUGAAUCUCUCAUUCAACAAUUUUGAGGGUGAGCUUCCAAAACAUGGCAUCUUCACAAACCUCAGUGCGUUCUCUGUGCUUGGAAAUAGUAAGCUUUGUGGGGGUGUCCAAGCUCUGAACCUGCCUCCCUGCCCCACCCGGUCAUCACAUUUAUCCCGGAAGCUGGUAGCCGCGAUCUCAGUUGCCGGGGGAAUAAUAUGCCUAAUCUUUCUCCUCGCUUUGUUUGGCAUUCAUCGUUGGAUACGUAAGUCGAAGAAGGAACCUCGUGCCGCAGACAACAGAAUGGUUCCACAUAUGAUGGUCACAUAUGCCGAGUUGCUAAGAGCUACAGAUGGUUUCUCUUCUGCUAAUCUCAUCGGCGUGGGAAGUUUUGGUUCGGUGUACAAAGGGUUACUCAAUUACGAGGAAUACCAACUUGUUGCUGUCAAGGUACUCGACCUCCAACAGAGAGGAGCUUCAAGGAGCUUCGUUGCUGAAUGCGAAGCGCUGAGAAAUGUCCGGCAUCGGAACCUCGUCAAGAUUUUAACAGUUUGCACAAGUACAGAUUACCGGGGAAAUGAUUUCAAAGCUUUGCUUUAUGAGUUCAUGCCGAAUGGGAGCUUAGAGAAGUGGGUGCAUCCAGAAGCAAACGAGCAAGGUCAGACGCGGGCGUUAAGCCUCAUCAAAAGGUUAAAUAUAUUGAUCGAUGUGGCCUCCGCAUUAGAUUACCUCCACCACCAUGGGCCAGAGCCGAUUGUCCACUGCGACAUAAAGCCAAGCAAUGUUCUUUUGGACCAUGACAUGGUAGCUCAUGUUGGAGACUUUGGAUUGGCGAGGUUCCUCAACAGCAGCCCCGUUGAAGCAUCUCAAAGAUCUUCUACCUCCAUGAUAUUCAAGGGGUCCAUCGGUUACGUUGCUCCAGAGUAUGGAGUGGCCAACAAAGUUUCGGUCGAAGGGGAUGUCUAUAGUUACGGGAUACUUCUGCUGGAAACACUCACGGGGAAGAGGCCUACCGGUGAAAGUUUCAUGGACGGUCUCAGCCUUCCUAUAUAUGUGGAGAUGGCACUCCCGGAGCGGGUCUCCGAAAUCAUCGAUCCAAACCUGCACUUUGAGGAAGGUGAAGCUGCAAAUGGUCACAUUCAAGGCACCGAUUACAUUCGAGACAAAGCAGUGGAGUACGUGAACUUGUCGCUCAGGAUCGGCGUCAGGUGUGCCAAGGAAUCCCCACAAGAACGAAUGCAGAUGCGAGAUGUCAUCAGUGAAUUAACUGAAAUCAGGAACGGAUGGCUCCACCACUAGAUUAUGAUCCGGAAUUGGGAAGCACAAGGGAUUGUUGGAGAGGUUGCUUGCUCGAUCCUUCUUAAUAAUAAUAAUAAUAAUAAAAGUAGCUGUGUGGUAUUUUUUUUCUUUUAUUUUCUUUUUCUCACUCACCUAAUUAAUAUACGGUGCUUCACAAGCUAGUCCCGUGGACUCAGUUGUAUGAUACUUUUCUUAUGUAGAGUUCAUCAUUAAACUGCAUCAAGCUACAU